ACGGACCAUAUCUCCAACUCAUCAACGGUUCCCGACCGAACUCUCGCAGAAACACCGUAUCUGCACCGUCCAAAUUUAUGACUUGACCGCUCAACAACAUUACUACAUGAUCUCGUUAGUUCAACAACCAAUGAAAUAUAGCCACGUAGUCACUCACACGAUCCUCCGUCACUGCAUCAGAUUAAUGAAAACUUCUUUUUUUUUUUUGUCGUCUUUUAACUCAUUGAAGUAUUCACCCCUAUAAAUGGAGUCCCACCAUUUCCCCCAAUUUUUCUGACAUUUUCUCUGUUACACGUUUUCUUCUUCAAUUUUUAUUUUUACGAUUUGUGUUUUUGAUUUUUCCGGCGAUGGCGUCAACUCCGGCGGAUAUGGAACAAUUGACAUCAGGCGCGAGCAAUCGGAUAAUAUUUAUCUUGAGAACGCUAAGGAAGUGUCUUGUCUUCGUUCUCUCUCUCGUCCUUUCUCUUCUCCUUAUUCUUCGUCUCCGUCCUCGUCGCCGUGUCUCGCCUCUUUCAUCGCCGGAGGAGGAGGCUGUUCCGGCUCCUUCGAGGCGAUGGAGGCGGAAGAUGGCGUGGAAGCUGGAGGAGGAAGAUACGGCUAGACGUCGUUCGUUAGCAGAAGGCGUUGAGAUGGCCGGAGAUGGAGAGAUCUCUUGUUCGUUGUUUUAUGGCCGUCGUGGUAACGCUUUAUUCUCUCGGUCGUGGUUGCCUAUUUCCGGCGAACUUAGGGGGAUUUUGAUUAUUAUCCAUGGAUUGAAUGAACACAGUGGAAGAUAUUCUCAAUUCGCCAAGCAGUUGAACUCUAGUAAUUUAGGUGUAUACGCAAUGGACUGGAUUGGUCACGGUGGGAGUGAUGGUUUGCAUGGUUAUGUUCCUUCUCUUGAUUAUGUUGUUUCCGACACUGAAGCUUUCUUGGAAAAGAUUAGGUCUGAGAAUCCGGGGGUUCCGUGUUUCCUCUUUGGUCAUUCUACCGGUGGAGCUGUGGUUUUGAAGGCAGCUUCAUCUCCCUCUAUCGAAGAUAUGUUAGCCGGUAUUGUCCUAACAUCGCCUGCACUUCGUGUCAAACCCGCUCAUCCCAUUGUUGGGGCAAUAGCUCCAAUCUUCUCAUUGGUCGCACCAAGGUUCCAAUUCAAAGGAGCAAACAAGAGAGGCAUUCCGGUCUCAAGAGACCCUGAAGCUCUCUUAGCCAAAUACUCUGAUCCGUUAGUCUACACUGGUCCAAUUAGGGUCCGAACAGGGCAUGAGAUUCUUCGCAUAACAGCUUACUUGACCCGGAACUUCAAAUCUGUUACAGUGCCUUUCUUUGUUCUCCAUGGUACAGAGGACAAAGUCACUGAUCCACUAGCUUCACAAGACUUGUAUAAUCAGGCUGCAUCAGUUUUCAAAGACAUCAAACUCUAUGACGGUUUCUUACACGAUCUUCUCUUUGAACCUGAGCGUGAGGAAGUCGGUCGUGAUAUCAUUGAUUGGAUGAUGAAGCGGCUUGACGAUGUUAACGGAUCAGCAGCUGGGAUCUGGUAAAAGAUCAAAGGAGACAUCAGAGGUCUUCAUCUUCUAUAGAUAGUUGUGAUACAAAUGGUGUGAUUGUAAAAUCAGAAACCAAGUGUAGGAGAUACAUAUAAAAUGGGUUUAAUCUAUGAAUUGUUUGAUUUUUGAUAUUCGCUGUGACGAUCUUUUGGGCCUAUUUUGAAGGGCAUUGUUGCCCAUUGAGCCUAUAUGGCUAUUAUAUGUAAAUAUAUUUAUUUUUUAUUUUU